CCUCACCCUUCUCCCUCCUCCCUAAUCUUCCUCCUCGCGGCGCGAGAGCGGAGCCGGCGGCUGUAUUCUCUCUUGCCUUCUUCCACCCACCGUCGCGGCGGCCGGCGGAGGAGCGAGAGAAUAGGUGGGGGAGCUGGACCGGCGAGGGGCGUGGGGGGGAGGCAACCAAGGCAGGCAAGAUUCGAGAGGGCGGCGGAGCCAAGCGGAGGGCGCCCGAGUCGUCGUCGUCCGCCGCGCGGCCCGGCCGCUCGCGGCGCAGGGAGGCGCCCCCUCCGCCGCCGCAGCAGAGGGAGAUGGGGGUCGACUACUACAAGGUCCUCGGCGUCGACCGCGGCGCCGGCGAUGACGAUCUCAAGAAGGCGUACCGCAAGCUCGCCAUGAAGUGGCACCCCGACAAGAACCCCACCAACAAGAAGGAGGCCGAGGCCAAGUUCAAGCAGAUCUCCGAAGCAUACGAGGUCCUUAGCGAUCCCCAGAAACGCACGAUCUAUGACCAGCUAGGGGAAGAGGGGCUCAAGGGACAACCACCCCCAGGUGCGGGAGGUCCUGGAGCACCUUCCUUCUAUCCUGGUGGGGCUCAUUCGACCUCAUUCCACUUCAACCCAAGGAGUGCAGAUGACAUUUUUGCUGAGUUCUUUGGAUUCCGUGGCCCUUUCUCUAGCAUUGGUGGCAGUGGCAGCAUGAGAGGGGACCCAAGGUUCCCAGGGUUUAUGUUUGGCAAUGAAAACCUCUCGCGCUAUGGUGGUGAGGGUUCCACCAGUAUGCAUCACACGCCACACAAGCCACCACCCAUUGAGAAUAAGCUUCCAGUUAGCCUUGCAGAUCUGUACAAGGGUGUAACAAAAAAGAUGAAGAUCUCAAGAGAGAUCAUAGAUGCCAGCGGGAGAGUCUCACAGCAGGAGGAAAUUUUGACAAUAGAUGUAAAGCCAGGUUGGAAGAAGGGGACAAGGGUCACUUUUACUGAGAAGGGGAAUCAAGCUCCAAACAUGACACCUGCUGAUAUUGUUUUCAUAAUUGAGGAGAAGCCCCAUGACAUUUUUACCAGGGAGGGGAAUGAUCUUGUUAUAACGGAGAAAAUAUCUUUGGUGGAAGCGCUUACUGGGUAUACUGCCCGUAUCAUUACACUUGAUGCGCGAAGUCUGUCGGUGCCCAUUAAUUCAGUAAUCCAUCCCAGCUAUGAAGAGGUGGUCCCUGGAGAAGGCAUGCCAAUUCCAAAGGAUCCUAGUAAGAAGGGAAAUCUUAAGAUUAAAUUCAACAUCAAGUUCCCUUCCAGGCUGACAUCUGAUCAGAAAACUGGGAUCAAAAGGCUCUUGGGUUCUUAGGCCUGUCUGAAUGAAUUUCGUAAAAGUGAUUGUGAAUAUUGCCAGUAUGUGGCUAGGUAGAUUUUUCAUUGGUCUUGAGGGGGAAAGGCAAGAAUUAGGAAAAAAAAACAAAGGUAAUUCCAUAACAAAUCUGUAAAAGGUUGCUAUCUGUUGUUUUUUACCUGGUUUAUGACAUGGGCUAACAGGUUAUGGCUCUGCUGAAUGCUUUUCGUCCGGUAGCUGUGAGCUGUGUGAGUUGUUACUGGGUACACGCAAGGCUCCGUUUUGGAACGUGGGCAUCCUGUUUUUCAUGUGGUAACUGAGUAGUGUGUAUCCAAGGCUGGUGGUAAUAUACUGUUUUACCAAAGUGAAGUACUCCCUCCGGUCACUAUUAUUUGUCGCUUCUGACAGCCAAAGACUGCUAGGUGCAAGUCAUUUUCACUGUCCAAAAUGCCAAAUAAUUCCAACCGGAGGUAGUAAUAAUUGGACUAUUGGAGCGACCAACAAAGUAUGGGUAAUAAUUGGACUACACAGCAGGCUUUCAAAAUGUUCAGUUAUUUUUAGAAAUUCAGUGCCAUCAAAUAUGUGCAAAAUUGCAGCUAUACGAUUAAAAAUACAGCAUAUCAUUGCUGUUUGUACUCACAUGUAAGAGAGAUUAUAAUGAGCUAACAAGUAUGGGAAAACUUACCCUUUUCUCCUCUUCGAUCUUAGCCUUGAUGUACGAGUAGAUGGCAACACCAGCUAUGGCAAUGCAAGUACCAAUUCCAGUCUGUGUUGUAAUUCUGUUGCC